AUGAUCGGCACAGAGGCCGGGAUGGCAGUGCUCCCCCCUGCCAUCACCAAGAACAUCGCCGAUAAGUUCUAUGAUCGUCGUAAAGUCGCGGCGCUGGAGGUGGAGCAGAUGGUCCGGGCCCAGACCGUGGCUGGGGACAGGGAGGGGAUUGCUGACCUGCUGGACACGCUGGCCAUCAACUAUGCGCUCUCUGCCAAGGCCAAUGCGCGCAAGGGCGGCCUGCUGUGCCUCGCCGCCUCGGCGGUGGGCAUGGCCUCCGCCCCCGGCGCGCACGGCGAGGUGGUGGCGGAGGCCAUGAUGCCACGCCUGGUCCCGCCCAUCCUCUCCUCCUUCACCGACCCCGACGCGCGUGUGCGGUAUUACGCACUGGAGGCGCUGUACAACGUGGCCAAGUCCACGCGCGCCGCUUUCUUAGCCGCCUUCCCCGACGUGUUCGACGCGCUCUUUCGCGUCUGCGCCGACGCCGACGCGGGGGUGCAGAACGCGGCGGCCUUCCUGAACAACCUAGUCAAAGACAUCGUGGCCGAGGCGGAGCAGUGGCGGCUUGAGCCCUUUGUGCCGCAGCUGGCGGCCUGCCUGGGGGUGGAAGACCCGCACAAGCGCCAGUUCCUGCUGGGGUGGGUGGGCCUGCUGGACAGCCUGCCUGGGCGCGACCUGGGGCGCCACCUCCCCGACCUCCUCCCCGGCCUGCUGGGCAUGCUGGGCGAUCCCACCCCCGAGAUUGCGCACGCCGCCUCCCGCGUCUUUGCCGAGCUGGAGGCCGACGAGCUGGGCGGCGGCGGCGGCGGUCGCGGCGCCGCGCGGCGCAGGCCCGAGGUCGAUGCGGGAGUGGCGGCCGUCAUGGCCGCCGCGCUGACGCGGGCCUGCGCCGGCGAGCAGGCCGGCAGCGGCGGCGCCGGCCUGCUGCUGGGCGCGCCGCUGCGCGCCGCGUCGGCCUCCAGCGGCACCCUGGUUUCGCUCACCGCUCUGCGCUGGCUGCACGGCCUCCUGCUGCGAGAGCGCGCGUCGCUCGCCGCAGCUGCGGCGGCUGAGGACGGUACCGGCCCCAAUGGCGCGGCCUCACCCGGGCGGCCGCCGGCGCAGCACCCCCUGCACCAGCAGUACCCGGUCAUUCUGGAGGCGGUCCUGCUCAGCCUGGGCAGCGCCAACCCCGAGAUCCUGGCGGCCGCCCGCGCGCUGAACCAGCUGCUGCUGGAGGCGGUGGGGCGGGAGACGCCGGCCGCUCCGACGCGCACGAGGAGGCGCGGCGCGUCGUCCAGCUCCGAGGCGGUCAAGCUUGCGGCGCUGCAGUGGCUCCCCGCCCUCCUCCGCCGCUCCUUCCACGAGGUGUUUGGUGCGCUGCCCGCCCUCCUCCGCGCGCUGGUGGAGAGCCUGGGCGCCAGCUCGGCGGCCGUGGCGGUGCAGGCGCUGGCGGUGCUGGGCGACGUGGCACUGCGCCCAGGGCACAGCCACGACGUGCUGGCGGGCGUGGCCGACGCCUUCCGCGGGCCGGCGGGGGCCAAGCUGCUGCAGCGCCGCGGCGUGCUCAUUGUGCAGACCCUGGCAGAGCGCCUGGGGGGCUUGCAGGUCCUGCUCAAGCUCAGCAGCCUGGCGGCUGAGGAUCCGGACCCCGCUUUUGGCGCCGCGCUGGUGCAGGCGCUCAACCUGCUGCUCCUGGUCAACCCCAGCCUUGCGGGAGUGCGCGCGCUGCUGGCCCAGGCGCUGUAUGACCCGGAGGCCGCCUCUGUCUUCUCCUCCCUGCUCCGCGCCUGGUCCCGCAGCUGCGCCGCCUGCCUGUCCCUGGCCUUCCUCGCCCAGGCAAGCGAGGAAGUGGCCUACGGCCUGGCCUGCAGCAUGCUGGAGGUCCUGGCCGCCCCCGCGGUGGCCCUGCGCCUGGAGACCAUGGUGGAGGCCUGCCAGCUGGUGUCCCUGCUCGAGUCGCCGGCCUUUGCGGGGCUGCGCCUGCGCCUGCUGGCCCCUGCCCAGCACCCCGCCCUCCUCCACGCGGACGCCCUGCUCGCGUUCUUCAGGGAGGUGCAGCAGGAGCUGGCGGCCGCGGCGCCCCAGCCCCUGCUCUCCCCGCGGGCCAGGGAUGCUUGGUGA